AUGCCUCGUUUGCAGUUGCGUAAAAAUGGCACGGCGAUGGACGCUUCCGGCGGGCGGGUGCAAAUAAUGGCAGUUCGUGGUAUAGACGAAGUAUUCACGCAGAGCGCAAUCCCGGAUUCAGGGCCAAAGUCGGCGCAAAUUUGCCAAAUAUGGGGCGUGUCGGCUUAUUUGGUUCCGGUGCGGAUCGCAGUCCAGAGAGCUGCUUCUCCAAGGCAAAGCAAUUUCAAGAUACAAAAUCCUGCAACAGACAACGUCAUCAUAGCACACCAAGCUGAGACUCGGCUCGAGCUCGUGUCGCCAUGAUUUUGCCUCCCUUCACCAGCGUGGCAGGGCUGUGCCCUCCUGUCUUCGGUAACCUCGACCGAUUCCCAGCCAUUCUCCACGAGGCGUUCACUGCUCUUUCCAGGGCACGACGCAUCGACAGCCCCAGGACGCGAGGCGGAUACUCGCUGUUCUGACACUUGAAAAAUACCAUUGUCGAAGAGACUUGUGCGCAAAGAAAUAAUCCGGCUUUCGAGGUUCUUUCACCUAAAAAAGGUCAAGAUGCAGCGGC